AGUCAACAAAUUGGAUUUCAGAAUCUUAUCCAACUUUCCCUUUUCUUUCUUCUUAAAAUCAUCUUCAUCUAAUUUCUUGGUUCAUCUGUGUGUUUAGAAGCAAUUGAGGUUCCAUUCCCAUGGCGGAGUAUUCGAAUCCUACAUAUAGCUGUAGAAAUUGCCGCAAUCCCCUCGCUUCCGGAGCCCAUCUCCUCUCUAAAUCCUUCUUGGCGAAAUCAGGGAAAGCAUUCCUAUUCUCAGAAGCAAAGAACAUAGUGGAAGGACCAAAAGAGCAUAAGCAGUUGAUAACAGGAAUUUUCAAAACUGCAGAAAUACAUUGCAAUAUCUGUGGACAAGCUUUGGGUUGGAAGUAUCUCAAAGCUUAUGACCUCUCACAGAAAUACAAGGAAGGAAAGUUCAUCAUUGAAACCGCUAAAAUUUCCAAGGAAUACAAUUGAACUGAACUGUAAUAACAACAAUAUAAAACCAUAAAUCUAGUGUGUUUGACAUACAUGAUUCCAUUAAAUAAGUCCAUCAUACCCUACAUCUUUGUGUAUUAUUAGGAUCAUAGCCCCUACUACUAUGCUAUCAUUUGGAGUUUACAAGGUCCAGUAUAUAACUUGUUUAUAUCUUCUCAAUGACCCUUCCAUGAGUUAUAACUCAAAGCUGAUCUAAUUUGGUAAUCCUAUUAUAUUACCUACUUUUCUUUAUAUAAUUUAUAAAAGGGGAUUUCACACU